AUGAUAAUAAAGCUUAAGACCGAGAACGCAACGUUGCGCAAGGCGCUGCGUGAGUUACAGGAGCGUAAUGAGUGUCUAUAUGCAUUAACAGCCAAGAUGAUUCAUGAUCUGACAGACGAAAAUGAUUUACUCGCUCAAGCUAACCGUUUACUGCUUGAGAAACAGGCACAGAGCUUUCUAGUUCCGUCCACAGACACGCCAAGUCUCCUCCAGGUACCGGACGAGCUGCUGCUGCCCGGUCCAGAGCUAGAAAUGCACUCGAUUGUGACGAUCGAUAAUGUACAUUCAUUUGGUAACUUAUUGAGUGUUAGUACACACGCUACGAGGCCUGAGAUUGUCAUCACGGGAUGUGCAGACAAGUGCAUCAGUGUGCACGACUGGAAGAUGGGAAGGAAACUUUGUGAGACAGAAACCAGUAACCUAGUUUUGGCACUAGCUUUCAAUCCAAAUAGGAAAUAUGCAGAUUACUUUGUGGCUGCUGGGAUGGAUGCCAAGCAUGCGCUGUAUAGAUUGGUACAAGAAGGAGACGAAUGGCAGAUCCAGACGCUGGGGCAAUUCCAUGAUCAUAGUCGACAUGGAGUGUUCAAGUUGGCGUGGAGACGAGGACAAGGAGAGGAUGAACAGUGUGAGAAGAUCAAGUCCUUUUACUUUAAUGGGACGGUCGAGGCUAUUGUGUUUGCCCCAGGUUCACUAUUUGAGACAAGAGAUGAGGGUGCACACGAACUGCUUGUUAUUGCUGCACGAGACGACUGCUACGUGCAUUAUGUCGACUGCUCCACGUUUGAGAAAGAGAGAGUUAACAUGAACCCGGACGGUAUUGAACACGUCUCUUAUACGAUUAUGGACCUGAGCAUAUCGUCCAGUGGCAAAUAUCUGCUUGCAGCAACGGACGCAAGCCGACAUUUUAUCUUUUCUGUACGGGGUGGAAGGAAGCAAAUGGUAUAUGCUGUGUGUCUGGAGUGA